AACGCGCUGCCGGUGAGCCAGUCUCCAUUCUCAGACAAAACAAGAUAUUACAGUAAACAACUUCGUCGUGUUUGAAAAAUCGCCGGAUAUAAUAUCACAUUAAUUUAAUUAAUUUCCUAUAACGGAUUAUAAAGUUAUGAUAUUUUAUUAAAGCAAAAUUUUAAUAAUCAAGUGCAAUUCUAAGGGAAUCACAAUUGUUUUCAUUGUACAACAAAGGCAGAGCUUUUCGGCCAACAGUGUGUGAGUGUAUUGGUAGUGAGUGUAAGCGAUCGCCAAGUUGGUUUCGCACUGGCUUUAGCUUUAUUAUAAUCGCCCCCGCGCGAUCUGUCGCGUUAUCUGUGUUUCUGCCACAUUACAAUUUGCACGCUCAUUUCGCGACUAAAAAAAAAUUACGAAAAUAAAAACAGACAUCGGGUCAAAAAGUAAGGUAGAAAAUUCGCUAUUACGCGCCGGCCAAAGUCUGGCUUUUUGAGAUGGGGCAAGGAGGAGCGUCAGCCACGCUUGACUAGGCACCACCCACAAUCCCCCCGAUAGCCUCCCCCUAAAAGCCAUUCGAAGUAAACAAACAAAUCUGCCGCGAUUCGCGUGUUUGUACAGUUGGUGAAAAAUAAGCAAAUCGCCCCGGAAUUGGGAUUAUCAUCAACAUCAUCAGAUCAGCAGCACCAUGAGGAUAUCGCGAGGAUCGUGGUGCCUCAGCUCCGCCACUCUGUUGGCGGUACUGAUCCUCGGCUGUUUGGCAGCCAUCACCACCACCGCAUCGGUCAGCAAUGCCGGCUAUGUGGAUAAUGGCAAUAUGAAAGUCUGCAUCGGCACCAAAUCCCGGCUUUCGGUGCCCUCGAACAAGGAACAUCAUUACCGGAACCUCCGAGAUCGGUACACAAACUGCACGUACGUCGAUGGCAACCUGGAGCUCACUUGGCUGCCCAACGAGAACCUGAACCUGAGCUUCCUGGACAACAUUCGGGAGGUCACCGGCUAUAUACUGAUCAGCCAUGUGGACGUCAAGAAAGUGGUGUUUCCAAAACUGCAAAUCAUUCGUGGCCGCACGCUGUUCAGUUUGUCCGUGGAGGAGGAGAAGUACGCCUUCUUCGUGACCUACUCCAAGAUGUACACGCUGGAGAUUCCCGAUCUGCGCGACGUGCUCAACGGUCAGGUGGGCUUCCACAACAACUACAAUCUGUGCCACAUGCGGACGAUCCAGUGGUCGGAGAUCGUGUCCAACGGCACGGAUGCGUACUACAACUACAACUUCACGGCGCCGGAGCGCGAGUGUCCCAAAUGCCACGAGAGCUGCGCCCACGGAUGUUGGGGCGAGGGACCGCAGAACUGCCAGAAGUUCAGCAAGCUGACCUGUUCGCCCCAGUGUGCCGGAGGACGUUGCUACGGACCGAAGCCGCGGGAGUGCUGUCACCUCUUCUGCGCCGGCGGAUGCGUUGGACCCACGCAAAAGGACUGCAUUGCCUGCAAGAACUUCUUCGACGAGGGCGUCUGCAAGGAGGAGUGUCCGCCGAUGAGGAAGUACAACCCCACCACCUAUGUGCUGGAGGCCAAUCCGGGUGGCAAGUACGCGUACGGGGCCACCUGUGUGAAGGAGUGUCCCGGUCACCUGUUGCGCGACAAUGGCGCCUGUGUCCGCAGCUGUCCGCCGGACAAGAUGGACAAGAACAGCGAGUGUGUGCCCUGCAAUGGACCCUGCCCCAAAACCUGCCCCGGAGUUGCAGUCCUGCAUGCCGGAAAUAUCGACUCUUUCCGCAACUGCACAGUGAUCGAUGGUAAUAUUCGCAUCCUGGAUCAGACCUUCUCGGGCUUCCAGGAUGUCUAUGCCAACUACACGAUGGGACCGCGCUACAUACCACUCGAUCCCGAGCGACUGGAGGUCUUCUCCACUGUGAAAGAGAUCACCGGCUAUCUGAACAUCGAGGGCACCCACGAGGAGUUCCGGAACCUCUCGUACUUCCGCAACCUGGAGAUCAUCCACGGUCGCCAGCUGAUGGAGAGCAUGUUCGCCGCCCUGGCCAUCGUCAAGUCCUCCCUGUACAGCCUGGAGAUGCGCAACCUCAAGCAGAUCAGCUCCGGCAGUGUGGUCAUCCAGCACAAUCGCAACCUCUGCUACGUGGGCAACAUCCGGUGGCCGGCGAUUCAGGUGAAUGCCGAGCAGAAGGUGUGGGUCAACGAGAAUCUUCGAGCCGAUCUAUGCGAGAAAAACAGAACCAUUUGCUCGGAUCAGUGUAAUGAAGAUGGCUGCUGGGGAGCUGGCGCUGAUCAGUGCCUCACCUGCAAGAACUUCAACUUCAAUGGCACCUGCAUCGCCGACUGUGGAAUUAUAUCCAAUGCCUACCAGUUCGACAACAAAACCUGCAUGAUUUGCCAUUCCGAGUGCCGGACUUGCAAUGGAGCUGGAGCGGAUCACUGCCAGGAGUGCGUCCAUGUGCGGGACGGGCAGCACUGUGUUUCGGAGUGUCCCAGCAACAAGUACAACGACCAUGGAGUUUGCCGCGAUUGCCAUGCCACCUGCGAUGGAUGCACUGGACCCAACGACACCAUCGGUCUGGGAGCCUGCAAGACCUGCAAUCUGGCCAUCAUCAACACGGACGCUACGGUGAAGCGCUGCCUGCUGAAGGACGACAAGUGUCCGGAUGGCUACUUCUGGGAGUAUGUGCAUCCGCAGGAGCAGGGCUCCCUCAAACCGCUGGCUGGGAGGGCCGUGUGCCGGAAGUGCCAUCCCCUGUGCGAGCUGUGCACCAACUAUGGCUACCACGAGCAGGUCUGCUCCAAGUGCACCCACUACAAGCGGCGGGAGCAGUGCGAAACGGAGUGCCCGGCGGAUCACUACACGGAUGAGGAGAGGAGGGAGUGCUUCCAGUGCCACGCGGAAUGCAAUGGAUGCACUGGUCCCGGAGUAGACGACUGCCUCUCCUGUCGCAACUUCAAACUCUUCGAUGCCAACGAAACAGGUCCCUAUGCCAAUUCGACCAUGUUCAAUUGCACCUCGAAGUGUCCGCUGGAGAUGCGGCAUGUGAACUACCAGUUCGCCGACAUUGGACCCUACUGCGCCGCUCGUCCACCGAGGGCCAAAAUACUGGCUGGCAAUCUGGAUGUCAACAUGAUCUUCAUCAUCACGGGCGCCGUGCUGGUCCCGACGAUCUGCAUCCUCUGCGUGGUCACCUACAUUUGCCGGCAGAAGCAGAAGGCCAAGAAGGAGACCGUCAAGAUGACCAUGGCUCUGUCUGGCUGCGAGGAUUCCGAGCCACUGCGUCCCUCGAAUAUCGGUGCGAAUCUCUGCAAGCUGCGCAUUGUCAAGGAUGCGGAGCUGCGCAAGGGCGGAGUCCUGGGAAUGGGAGCCUUCGGUCGGGUCUACAAGGGCGUCUGGGUGCCGGAGGGCGAGAACGUCAAGAUACCGGUGGCCAUCAAGGAACUGCUCAAGUCCACCGGUGCCGAGUCCAGCGAGGAGUUCCUCCGCGAGGCCUACAUCAUGGCCUCGGUGGAGCAUGUGAAUCUGCUGAAGCUCCUGGCCGUCUGCAUGUCCUCGCAGAUGAUGCUGAUCACCCAACUGAUGCCCCUGGGCUGUCUGCUGGACUAUGUAAGGAAUAACAGGGAUAAGAUUGGCUCCAAGGCUCUGCUUAACUGGAGCACGCAGAUUGCCAAGGGCAUGUCUUACCUAGAGGAGAAGCGUUUGGUCCACCGCGACCUGGCUGCCCGAAAUGUCCUAGUGCAAACGCCAUCGCUGGUGAAGAUCACCGACUUCGGACUGGCCAAGUUGCUGAGCAGCGAUUCCAAUGAGUACAAGGCGGCCGGCGGCAAGAUGCCCAUCAAGUGGCUGGCCCUGGAGUGCAUCCGCAAUCGGGUCUUCACCAGCAAGUCGGAUGUUUGGGCCUUUGGCGUGACCAUUUGGGAGCUGCUGACCUUUGGCCAGCGGCCACACGAGAACAUACCCGCCAAGGAUAUCCCAGAUCUCAUUGAAGUGGGUUUGAAGCUAGAGCAGCCGGAGAUUUGCUCGCUGGACAUUUACUGCACGCUGCUCUCCUGCUGGCACUUGGAUGCCGCCAUGCGACCGACCUUCAAGCAACUGACCACGGUGUUUGCCGAAUUCGCCCGGGAUCCUGGUCGUUACCUGGCCAUUCCCGGCGACAAGUUCACCCGCCUGCCGGCGUACACGAGUCAGGACGAGAAGGACCUCAUCCGCAAGCUGGCGCCCACCACCGAUGGCUCCGAGGCGAUCGUGGAGCCCGAUGACUACCUGCAGCCCAAGGCGGCUCCUGGUCCUAGCCACCAUCGAACCGACUGCACCGAUGAGAUACCCAAGCUGAAUCGCUACUGCAAGGAUCCCAGCAACAAGAACUCGAGCACCGGCGACGAUGAGACGGACUCGAGUGCCCGGGAAGUGGGCGUUGGUAAUCUACGCCUAGAUCUCCCCGUCGACGAGGAUGACUACCUGAUGCCCACGUCGUCCACCUGCCAGUUGGGACCGAAUAACAACAACAAUACGAACAAUCCCAACCAAAACAACAUGGCAGCGGCAGUGGGCGUGGCCGCGGGCUAUAUGGAUCUCAUCGGAGUGCCCGUCAGCGUGGACAAUCCGGAGUAUCUGCUGAAUGCGCAGACCCUCGGGGUGUCGGAGGCGCCAAUACCCACGCAGACCAUCGGUAUUCCGGUGAUGGGCGUGCCGGGCACCAUGGAGGUCAAGGUCGGCCCGUUGCCGGGCAGCGAGCCAACGAGCUCCGAUCACGAGUACUACAACGAUACCCAAAGAGAGCUACAGCCACUGCAUCGGAAUCGGAAUACUGAGACGAGGGUGUAGGAGGAUCGA